ACUCGGGAAGUAUUCGGGAAAGUACUCGUUCAAGCGAAAGUUAUGAGGCGACUGUAUAAAGUUCUUCGUACCCGACUUCCUUGUUAACGUGAAACUCAUGUUUUAGAGAAUAAACAGACCGCCCACAAGUCACACGCUCAUAGUACAUAGUAGCGUACAACAACCUCAAAUCCGUCAGAAUGGACCCCCAAGACGAGAUCUUCUGGCCCAACAUCCGGCGCUACCUCUCGCUUCCCGCCGCCCAGCAGUCUGCCGCCACCAAACCCAACCCGGUAUGCUCCAUCUGCCUCGCCAACCCGCUAAAGUGCUACCCCCUCAACAACCACGGCGCCAACGCCACCCAAGAUUCGGACGGCAACGACCUCGAGCGCAUGGCCAUCCUCUGGUGCGGCCACGUGGUGGGGUACAACUGCCUAACCGACUACAUGGCCAGCUGCUACGCCAACUAUUUCAAGUCCUACGAGGACCAAGACCUGCCGCGCUGCCCGCAAUGUCGCGAGUCCUUGACCAAGGAUUGCGAGAAGCCUUAUGUAGAGGGUGACCACGACCAGGAGCGGUUCCAGUUUGUGAUCCCCUUUGUCAUUGCGCCAGCCGGUCCGCCCGUACCAGGCGGGCCCUCGGACAACGGGGAGAACUUUGACGAGUCCAAUCCGGUGCAUUUUAACAUUAUUGACGAGGGCAUGCUGGAGGCGAUUGCGUUUAGCUAUAAUAAAUGGCAAGAUAUCCCGCUGACCAAGGGGGAGGGCGGCCUGUUGCCGGCAAGCUGUAGGUGUUGUGAUCCGGAGCUUUACCGGGCUGCUUAUCUUCAGUAUAGAGCGCAGCAGCAACAGCAACAGCAGCCGAUGAAGAUGGUGAUGAAUAACACGCUUUAUGCAACAAAGGGAGCGCCCCGUCUUGUGCAGGCUCCGUCGAUCUUCCAAUCGCCUCCCAACAGACCCUCGCACAAUAUCUGGAAGCUGGGGUUCUGCGUGGUGGCGCGGAUUCCGAUGGAGGAUGGAACGUGGGAACAGAGGAGAAUCCGUGUGGGGGGUAGAACAAUGUAUAAUGUAACCUUGUCGGACGGGACGUCGGUGGAAAUCCCGUUGGAGCCGCGCUGUUUGGGGCCGAGUUCGUGGGGACCGAUGCGGUUCGGACGACAUCCGGGUGUGCCAUUUCAGUGAGCAUGUGUUGGAGGCAGCGAGGGUUAAGGGCAGAGGCAAGCGCAGGCGCAAAGCGGUCGGGUUCUUUUGUGGAUAUGAAUGAAACCCAACGAAAAAGAAGACUCGCUUUUUGACUUUUGCUGUUAGCUGGAGUUUCAGGAUAGACAUGGCGCUACAAGGCAUGUGAGGUAUCGAUAGACUUGUGUAU